UGCACUUCCGACGACUUCCGGCGGCUUCUCUCGCGGGGAUUGGCUGUUAGCGGCGUUGUAGCUAAGCUCGUGUAGUGGCGGCGGUGCCUGCAGCGGCUGCAGCGAGGAGAGUUUGGCGCGAUGUCUCACACUAUUUUGCUGGUACAGCCUACCAAAAGGCCAGAAGGCAGAACUUAUGCAGAUUACGAAUCUGUGAAUGAAUGCAUGGAAGGCGUUUGUAAAAUGUAUGAAGAACAUCUGAAAAGAAUGAAUCCCAACAGUCCUUCUAUUACAUAUGACAUCAGUCAGUUGUUUGAUUUCAUCGAUGAUCUGGCAGACCUCAGCUGCCUGGUUUACCGGGCUGAUACCCAGACAUACCAGCCUUAUAACAAAGACUGGAUUAAAGAGAAGAUCUACGUGCUCCUUCGUCGGCAGGCCCAACAGGCUGGGAAAUAAUUGUGUUGGAAGCAUUACGGGGGAUGGGGGUGGGCUUGGAACACAGGUGUGUACAGCGUGCUGUAGUGGAAGUUUUGUAUCAUAGUAAUCCUGUUUCCACUUUGUUAUACUCUAGCCAAGAUUGACUGUAUUAGAUGAAAUGUGAGGAUUUGUUCAAUCAG